AGAAGGGAAAUCUUAACCUUGCUCUUUCAGCCAUCCAGUUUAGGAUGUGUUCACACAGCAGUGACAUUACCACAGCUGAAGGGACAGCAAACAGCAGGGCCAGGUGGGGCAGCAGGAAUAUCACAUUUCACAGCAAGAGCUGCACAUCUAUCACAGAUUUACCACCACAGGGUGCAUUGCUGAGCCACCUCCUCCACCAUCACACUCAGGAAUGAAGCCUCCCAAAUUCCUCGGAAGCCAAAGCUGGAAAAAAAAUCACACCCAGGUUUCAGCUGGACAAAAUAUUCACACGAGCUCAGAUGAAAAACAAAUCACUCCCAGCCCGCACCGUUCUCUUUGCAGCUCCUCAGGAGUCUUCCCUUGCAGGUUGCCUCCCUCCCACUCAUCACUUCCCAGGACUUUGCUGGCUGCAGGUGAAGGGCAGAGGAUCCCUCUGAGCCUCUUUUCCCAGCUGGCAACCUACCAGUCCAAAAUGCCAGCUUCCAGGGAGAGGGGAAUCAGGGCAGCCGAUAACCAGUGAAUGUGAAGCAAGUCAACAUUGUUUGGAGCCACAGCACUGGGUCAGAACGACACAAAGGGUUGCUCAGCAGCAAAUGUUACUUCUGAGACUGGAAUAUAAUUAACUCCUGCCUGUUCUUUCCCUCCCAACGGAUGCCACCCAGCAUGCCAGCAGCACACGGAGGCUUCUGCACAAUCUCACACUCAGCCCUGCAGUCUUCCAGCAGAGCCAAAGUAAUGAGGAUUCUUAUGUGCAUUUUCAUCUUCAUCUCCCUGGCCCAGCACGGAGAUGCUCAUGGACCAGAGGGCUGUAACCACGAAGGGGGCUUGUGCAGAGUUGGAAACUGCAUUUCUGGUGAAUACCUGGCUCAGUUCUGCUUUGAGCCCAUCAUUCUCUGCUGCAAAACUUUGCCACCCCCCACCACCAAGAGCUGAAGGUUUCCAAAGGAGCCAGAGAGCUGCAGGCUCCACUGACAAGGCAGGAGCAGCUGUUGGGAAGGAGAUCUUGUGGUUGCUGUGACUGUUGCUCCCCUGGGAGAACAUGGCUUUGGAUUCACUCGUGAACUCCUGAACACUUCGCUUUUGCUGUGGCUUCCAAGGAAACACCGUGACAAGAAGAAAUUGGGGCCACCCGAACUGUUUAUCACCCCUUUGGGACUGUGGUUGUUACCUGUCACAGUCAGAUGAGAAAUUGCCUUUCUCCUUACCUGAAAAUAAUAAACUUGAAGUUUAAGAGA